CAUUUACAAACAAUCCCUCCUCUCCAUAUCAUUGCCUAUAAAUACCAAACUCUCAUGCUGCAAAAACUCAAAUCAGAAACAUAAAGUGAAAGAAAAAUGAAGAUCUGGGUACUCACAAUUGUGUCUCUAUUGUUGUCCUCCUUGGGCUCAGCUGAGCAAUGUGGAAGGCAAGCUGGUGGUGCCUUAUGCCCUGGAGGCGCUUGUUGUAGUCAAUAUGGUUGGUGUGGCAACACCAAUGAAUAUUGUGGUGAGGGCUGCCAAAGCCAAUGCAGUGGCAGCAGUGGUGGCGGUGAUAUUGGGGGAAUCAUCUCUAGAGACAGGUUCAAUGAUAUUCUUAAGCAUAGAAAUGAUAACGCUUGUCCAGGGAAGGGAUUCUAUACCUAUGAUGCAUUUCUUGCAGCUGCCAAGGCCUACCCUGCAUUUGGCACCACUGGGGAUGAUGCAACUCGUAGAAGGGAGAUCGCUGCUUUUCUCGCACAAACUUCCCAUGAAACUACUGGAGGAUGGCCGAGUGCUCCUGAUGGUCCUUAUUCUUGGGGGUAUUGCUUUGUUAGGGAGCGAAACCCACCAUCCAGUUAUUGUGAUCCCAAAUAUCCAUGUCCCAAGCAAUACUAUGGUCGUGGACCUCUCCAACUCUCAUGGAACUACAACUAUCAACAAGCUGGGCGAGCCAUAGGAGUUGACCUGAUAAACAAUCCAGACCUUGUAGCCACUGACGCUGUUAUAUCCUUCAAGACAGCAAUUUGGUUCUGGAUGACUGCACAAUCACCAAAACCUUCCUGCCACGAUGUGAUCACAGGAAUAUGGAGACCCUCUGGUGCCGAUACAGCGGCUGGUAGGGUUGCAGGGUAUGGUGUGAUCACAAACAUCAUCAAUGGAGGGAUUGAGUGUGGUAAGGGUCAGAAUCCUCAGGUGGAAGAUAGGAUUGGCUUCUUUAGAAGGUAUUGCCAGAUACUUGGAAUUGGCACUGGUAAUAAUCUGGACUGUUAUAACCAAAGGCCUUUUGGGUCUGGACUCUUGUUGGACACCCUGUAACUCUCCCUCCACAUAACCCAAACAAGAUGAUCUCCAUGUUGAGAUCAUCUGUUUUAUGUGAUGAAAAUAAUAAUAAUAAUAAGUGAUUUCUGUCUUAAUUUUA